AGUACACUUGAUAGUUGUUAUUACGCGAGAUGUAGUGCUUAACCUGGCGUCGGCCAAUGAGGCGCGUGUGCAGCGUCUCCUCCCACGCCGGUGUCGUCCGUCGCCAGUAUGGCCGCCGUCCUGUAGCAGCUUUCACGACUUGAAGUGCAAGUUAACAAUUAGAAACAAUGUCGGCUCUUCUCAGUCUGCGGAGCCCGCUGAGCAGACUCCCGCUCGGGGUGACUCGGCAGGUGGUGGGCUGUUGUUAUCACACAGAGAAGGGGGUUUACGGCUACCAACCCAAGCGGAGCCGCAGGCUGCUCACGUCUGAGGGCGACCGCAUCUCUGCUCUCAACCAAGAUCACACUCUUGCUCGGCUGGUGGAGGCAUACAGAGCACAUGGACACAAGGCUGCUAAAAUUAACCCCCUACUGCCAGACAAGCCUGUUGUUGACAGCGUCCCUGAGAUAAACAUGCUAACAGAAACAGUAACUGGACAACUCAACACCUCAGGAUUACGACACUUUGGCAAGGCAGUGGCCUCUGUGGAGGAGGUGCAGACGUACCUGGAGCAGGCUUACUGUGGCCACCUCUCAGUGGAGAUCAGCCAGCUCACGAGCCUUGAGGAGAGAGAAUGGUUUGCUGACCGUUUUGAGGAGUUAAAGAAGACCAGCUUCUCUCCUGAGGAGAAGAAGAAGUUGGCGGAAAUCAUGUUGCAGUCUCAGGAGUUUGACCACUUCCUAGCCACCAAAUUUGCCACAGUGAAGCGUUACGGCGGGGAAGGAGCUGAGAGUAUGAUGGGAUUUUUUUUGGAACUCUUCCACCAAGCCGCCCACACUGGGGUCACUGAUGUGGUCAUUGGGAUGCCACACAGAGGGCGCCUGAACCUCCUUACCGGCUUACUCAAGUUCCCACCUGAGCUCAUGUUUCGGAAGAUGCGUGGCCUCAGUGAGUUCCCCGAAACAACCACCUCUAUAGGCGACGUUCUCUCCCACCUCACAUCGUCGGUGGAGUUGGACUUUGGAGCGCAACAACCUCUUCAUGUGACCCUGCUUCCUAACCCGUCUCAUCUGGAGGCCAUCAACCCUGUGGCUAUGGGUAAAGCUCGGGCAAGGCAGCAGCUCCGAAAAGAGGGAGAUUAUUCAUCGCAAGACACUGCUCAGCCUGGAGACCAAGUCAUCUGCCUGCAGGUCCAUGGUGAUGGCUCUUUUCCGGGUCAAGGCAUCGUUCCCGAAACGUUGACCCUCUCAAACCUUCCGCACUACAGAGUUGGUGGCAGCAUUCACUUGAUUGUCAACAACCAAGUGGGCUACACAACUCCAUCAGAGAGAGGGAGAUCCUCCAUGUACUGCAGUGAUGUCGGCAAGAUGGUGAACUGUGCUGUUAUCCAUGUCAACGGGGACGAUGCCGAGGAUGUGAUGAGAGCCACUCGUCUGGCAGUGGAGUACCAGAGACACUUCAGGAAGGACGUGAUUUUGGACCUGAUCUGCUACCGACAGUGGGGCCACAAUGAACUGGACGAGCCUUUUUUUACUAACCCGGCCAUGUACAGGAUCAUUCGCUCGAGAAAGAGUGUCCCUGAUUCCUACUCGGACCAGCUCAUCUCUGAGGGUCUGAUGACAGAAGACGAGUGCCAGCAGAUCAAGUCCCAACACUACACCAUGCUGAAUGAUAAGCUUGCCAACAUGACCUUGUACAGCCCACCACCCACCAACCUUCAGGGUCGUUGGGGGGACCUGGUGGAACCGCAGCCCAAAGUCACCACCUGGGACACUGGCGUUCCCAUUCCACUCCUGCAGUUUGUGGGUGCCAAGUCAGUGGAAAUCCCGGAGCAUAUCCAGGUUCACGGCCACCUCGGGAAGACUCACGUUCAGGCUCGGCUGCAGAAGUUGGAAGAGGGGACCAAACUGGACUGGUCCACAGCAGAAGCGUUAGCCUUUGGCUCCCUUCUCAGCCAAGGCUUCAAUAUUCGGAUUAGCGGACAGGACGUGGGGAGAGGCACGUUCAGUCAGCGUCACGCCAUGGUGGUUUGCCAAGAAACCAAUGACAUGUACAUUCCUCUGAACCACAUCAGCUCGGAACAGACAGGUCAGCUGGAGGUGUGUAACAGCCCUCUGUCUGAGGAGGCAGUGCUCGGAUUCGAGUACGGAAUGAGCAUCGCUCAGCCCAAGCUCUUGCCCAUCUGGGAGGCUCAGUUUGGCGACUUCUUCAAUGGUGCUCAGAUUAUCUUUGACACCUUCAUUUCCGGAGGUGAGGCCAAGUGGCUUCUGCAGUGUGGAAUGGUGAUCCUGCUGCCUCAUGGCUACGACGGAGCCGGACCUGAACACUCGUCCUGCCGCAUGGAGCGUUUCCUCCAGAUGUGUGACAGUAAAGAGGAGGGAGUGGACAGUGACCAGGUGAACAUGGCGGUUGUCAAUCCCACCACCUCGGCCCAGUACUUCCACCUGCUGAGGCGACAGAUGAUCCGCAACUUCCGCAAACCUCUCAUCGUCGUUGGACCCAAAACUCUCCUGAGAUUUUCCGGGGCAGCGUCCAGUCUUAGCGAUAUGGCUCCAGGAACGUCCUUCAGACCAGUGCUGGGAGAUAAUUCAGUCCCUGCAGAAAGUGUCCAGAAGGUGGUGCUGUGCUCUGGCAAACACUACUACGCCUUGCUGAAGCAGAGGGAGUCGACCCCAUCAGCCCAGCAGAACGCGGCCAUCAUCAGGGUGGAGGAGCUGUGCCCGUUCCCACUGGAGGCUCUUCAGCAGGAGCUCAACAAGUACACAAAUGCCAAAGAGUUUGUGUGGAGCCAGGAGGAGCCUCAGAACAUGGGCGCCUGGUCUUUCGUAGCUCCCAGGUUUGAGAAGCAGCUGGCCUGCAAGCUGCGGUUAGUGAGCCGACCCGCUCUGCCCGCUCCAGCAGUCGGCAUCGGGACUCUUCAUCAGCAGCAGCAGGAGGCCAUCCUCUCUGCCACCUUCUCCUAGGAGUGACUCGAGUCACGCUACAUUUUAGUGUGUGCUGACCUGCAGCUGACUCUCACAGCAGGGCCACCGAGUGGACCUUUAGACCACAUUAAAAUGUAUCUGUCAAGGAUUGAUCCUUUUUAUUAGAUUUUAAACUCAUGUUUUAGUUGUUGUGCGAAGGGAAUAAGUUCAAUUUAGAAGACUGCUGUCGCAGUGAAGGCACAAUGGUUUCUGUUGAAAGGCACCAGCAACGUUGUAGACUGUUCUAUCAGUCAACAGAAGCACUUACUGGAUAUGACCUUUGUAAUCAUUUCAGGAUCAUGUUCACAUUUCUGACUUGACGGAUGAGAAACUUGUUGCUGAAGUUGUGAUGUUACCACUGAGAAAUAUCCAUCUGUUCAUAGGUGUAUGUCUAGGCAUUAAUGUCGCAAAUCUGGGAAUAGUGAUCGUGGGGUUAAGAUUUCAACUGAUGUAAAUAAGUAGAACAUUUAAAUAUUUUCAAAUAAAUCUAUUUUC